UUCUUGCACCAACAAUAGCCAAAUAACUUCGGAACAUCAUAUCAUGACAUGCAUACGAAGAGAUGUUCAAAAGAAUCGAGAUAGUGUCGCCAUGAUUGCUACAAUGUUGGUAAACCCUAAAGUUUUUAAUUGAAUUAAUAAAGCCAAAGCUUUAACUAUUGGAAUUAAAAAUGUCCAAGAUUCGUCUUUACUUUGUCAAUGAUAACAACAUUGUCAAUUUCAAACAAUAGUUUAUUAGAAACUAAAGAAAAAAAAAAGAUAUAUAAAUGAGUUGUUACAACGACCUUCCUAUGGGUUAAUUAUUUAAACAAGUCUAUGAUAAUUAAAAAGGAAUACCUUCGGAAAAUAAAAUGUUAUAAAAAAAGGAGGCAAUGCACAAUUGUGGCGACACUAUGAACUUGCUGAAGAAGGAAAAACCCUAAAAAAUAGAAGAAGAUGGACUAAACAAUUAUGAAAAACUAUAGAAUUUCGACUAUAAAUAGAUCAUCACACAUAUGGAUAUGUAUCACCCAAGAUAAAGUUUAUUGAAGAGCAAAAGAAAAAUAUAAAGUUUUGAAAAGGCAAAGCGAAAACAAAAGAAAUGGCAAAGAACCUCAACACUGUCAGCGUUACUGCUCUCUUGCUUGUCCUAUUGAUGGCUUCCACUGGAAUCCUAGAGACCGAGGCUGCAUGCUUCAAGUUCUUAGGCGAGUGUGGGGCGGUCCCGUUCACAGGUUCAAAUGCUGAUUGCAAAAGCUGUUGCGAGGGAAAAUUCGGAUCUGCAGCAGUAUGUGCUGGACGUGUUGAAGCUGAGGGAGGCGUGAAUCACUGCCAUUGCUACGGAACGUCUUGAUAACCUCACCAAGUUACUCGGAACGUCUUGAUAACCUCACCAAGUGUAACUUUUUCUUCGUUCAGUGUGUGGACAUUCCAUGUGUCAUGUGUGUAUGUUAAUGUUCAAGUUUAUAAUUUGCUUCCAAAUAAAACAUCAAGGGCAAAGCUUAACUUUGCUUGCCCCAAAGUGUAAGCUCAUGUUACUUUUGUUUCUUUGUUAAUCGUAAAAUCGUUUUGUGUUUUGUGUUUGUGUUUAAUCAGUCCAUGCCCGGCUACAUUCAAAUUUAUGUCCCUAGAAUAUUAACCACAAUCUUAGACAAUACAGUCAGAUUUAAACAUGCAUGUUUCAUUCUCAAAUAUAUAGAUAUAUGAUUAUUGCGUCAUCUGAUCGUACAUGUGGUUUAACUAGAACUUUAAGCUGGAUUUAUGCUGACACUUGGUACCUCCAAUGCUAAAACUUACCAAGAUCAUUGCAAUCAAUAUUGGUUCGAAUGAUGUGUUCAGAAAUAUUCACUAUAGACUAUAUAGAACUUGUUCAUGGACCCUGCUUUUUAAUUGGCUUAGGACUAUUUAUUAACCUAGUACUAUUAGUUACUUCUUCGGAUCUAUCCAGCAUGCAUUUCAUUUUAUUUUAACUGUAAAUAAUUUUUCCUUUUUCUUUAUAAAUAUCUUAUUUUUAUUAUCCAAUACAUUACCAUGAUUGUUUCAAUGCUGAAAUCUCAAUCAAGAUUUAUUAACGGAAGAAUGAAAAAAAUCGAUACUAACUUCUCUAGAUUAAUGAGUUUAUGAAAAUAUUGUAAAACAGAGAGAACCUCCACCACAACCAGAAGCUCUGCUUUCGGCGACUGGAUCCUUAAAGCCUGACAACAAGACAUUGGGCCAGUCAACAAUCUUUAAGCCCAUUAACUCAAAACCUGCUUUGCUCUACAACGGUAACAAGGAAUCUCAGUCAAAGCGUGUGAUCGUUCCAGCUCAACAACGUACGGGAUUCACAGCUCAUCAAACACCGCUGCACAACAGAUUUGAUUCGCUUUGUCCCUCUGUCGUCAUGUGUGUGUGAUGACGUGUGACCUAGAAGUUCUUCUUUUGGGUUCUCCUAUAUAGUCUCCUCCUCUGUCAUUGUAAUCCUUAAGUAGAAAUAUUCAAUAAAGAUUUUCUCUUCACAUUUGUCUUAUUAAGACUUUCAUGGUAUCAGAGCACAGUCGACCAUGGCUGACAACUCUGAUUCAUCUUCCGCUCUCUGUUUUUCUCAUUGUGUUACUCUAAAACUCUCUUCUGCAAACUAUCUGCUAUGGAAGAUUCAGUUCGAAACUUGGCUCAACAAUCAACAUAUGCUGGGUUUUGUUACUGGAGCUCAUCCUUGUCCUGCUACUACAUUAUCAGUCAGAAACGGAGAUCAAGUGUCUGAGACGACAAAUCCAGAGUUUCUUUCUUGGGUUCAAAAUGAUCAGAAAAUAAUGGGUUGGCUGCUCGGUUCGUUGUCUAAAGAUGCUCUUCGGUCUGUCUACAGGUUACACACGUCACGAGAGGUAUGGUUUUCUCUAGCAAAUAAAUAUAACCGUGUCUCUGCUUCUAGGAAGAGUGAUUUGCAACGUCGUUUGAACUCUGUUUCUAAAGAAGGAAACUCUAUGGGUGAAUACUUGAACUAUGUUAAACAAAUCUGUGAUCAGUUAGACUCUAUUGGUUGUCCCGUCCCUGAAAAAGAAAAGAUUUUUGGAGUUUUGAAUGGUUUAGGACAAGAUUAUGUGCCUGUUUCUACAAUGAUUGAAGGAUCUAUGGAUACAUCAUACAUUUCCCAUGUCCUUUGAAGAUGUUGUGUUCAAACUGAUUAAUUUCGAAGACAAGGUACAGAAGUAUGCUGAGGUGUCUACAGUCUCUCCUCACUUGGCCUUUGCAUCAGACACCAACUACUCCAAUAGAGGUCGUGGUAACUCAGGUGGUCGAUCUGGUUGAUAUCGAGGUCGCAACAAUUACUCCACCAGGGGAAGAGGUUUCCAUCAGCAAAUCUCCAAUGGCUCUUCUCCUGAUUCUGGUACAAGACUGUUGCAUUUUCAGGUUCUUCCUCUAUUUAACCUUUAGAGGUUCACCAUCUCUCACACUCUCUUUAGUAUCUCUCUGUUUCUUUUGUUGUUGAAACAGAGAUUACCUUGUUCUCUCUUUACUCUCUUUGAUUGUUUUGUUUCUCUUCACAUUCAUAAACGAUUUGAUCUUUAAGAGAGAAGAGAGAUUUUCUUUAA